UUGAAGAGCAAAGGAGGAAAAAAUGGCAGCUGGAGUGAUCCAAACUCUAAGCAAGUUCAGGCUACCAACAGAAUUCCAGCAUCCAUUCCUGUCCUCCAUGGCUGGCCAGGAGAUGGCUUUCCAAUAUUUAUCUGGAGAAGAAGACACAGAAGAAGAAGAGGAAGAUGAGGGAGAAGAAGAAGGAAGAGAAGAGAUGGAACUAGUGGAAGAUCUUAUGAGUCCUGCCCAUGAAGAUGCAGCUACUGAGGCCAACCCCAGCAUAAGUAACACCAAAAAGACACUGCAGCUCCUCCAGUUUGCUGAGCGCAUCAGCAAUGACAUCCAGAGAUAUUUUGGCAGGAAAAACAAAGAGCAGGAAGAGGAGGAGGAGGUGGAGGAAAGUACCACCGGCAGCACCUAUGAGGAUUUCUGCUCCCCACCACUGUCAGGGCGAAUAGUGUACUACACGGAUCUGGUCAGGAUUUCUCAGCGUGGGGAGAGUGAGGAUGAGGAAGACUUUUCUGACCCCCACAAGCCUUUUGAGCAGCUCUGGAGACCCCUCUGCAGGAAAGAUGAAAAGUUGGGCCCCCUGGCUGAACUUUUCGAAUAUGGUCUGUGUAGGUGUCUUCAGCGGCAUCUCUCUCCUGAGAACAAGAAAUUGAUGAGGCUGGAGAGGAAAUACGCACACGUCACCCCCAUGCAGGGCAGGAAGCUCCCUCAGUCCUUUUGGAGGGAGCCCACCCUCAGCCCCAUAUGCACCCCCAGUGGUAACCCCCCCGAUUUUAGUGAUCUACUGGCUAAUUGGACCUCUGAAUCUGGCCAGGAGGAGCUGAAUGCCAGCCGAGAGCAGCUUGGUGAGGUGGCCGGUGACGGACACUGA